UUUACGCUGUGCGCAGGUAAUGAGCAUGCAAAUGAAUCAAUUAUGAAGUACAUUGUAUGCGCAUCGUCGGCAACGGUGUAUGCGGUGAAACGUAUGCUAACAAUUUAAUAAACGAUUUCGGCUUUAUUUAGGUAAUGAUAAGAUUACAGCGGAGAACACAAGUAGAAAACAAGGCCGGCAAUAAUCGUGCAGGAUUAACACAACCAGGAGCAGCGACAAACAGCGCCGUCGCGGUGGUCACGGACGAUUUCGUGAUCUAACAAUAAAAGUGAUAAUUUUACGAAAUAUUGUGCGACAACAUCGCCGCCGGCUGGUACAAAAUGUACGCGUCGAAGUAAACACCGAGUGAAUUCGGGCAUUGUGCGAGUUAUUCUUAUUCUUUUGUGGCGCAUAACAGAUCACCUACAAGUUCAGUUGUGCGUAUUCGUCGCGGUAGCAAUGGAGACGGGGGGCUGCCGCGCCGAAGUCGCGGCGCCAACCCCACCAUUGCGCGUCGCGGCGCGCACCUCAUCCACUGGCAACGAGGGCGCCGUUACACCUGUGGCGGCAAGACGAUUUAAAACCACCCACACGUGCGGCAGUCUGUUCGCGAAUUGCGGCUGCUCGCGCUUCCAAAGAAACCAUGCCGACGACAAGAAGAGAUCCUCCAGUCCGUCAGUUAACUACAGUCGCUAUCGUUCGCAUGAGAAGCGUCUCUCCAAUCCGGAAGUGAGUCUUGUGGAACCCGCCGAGGAGGUUACCCCCAGUCAAUUGCUCUUGCCAUUGAUACGGCCAAAGUACAAACGAUCGCAGACACAAUCGGAAUCAUCGGAAGACAUCGCCAGGAAGUUUUUGCAAGAUUUUGGUAUUUUGGGACCAAUGGGUAACGGCGUCACCUUACACCGGAAGGUGUCCUUAGACGCUGCACACAAACGCGUAGUGCCUGAAACACCAGCAAAGGACCAACUCACACAAACCAUACCAUCAGAUUACGAGUAUUUGAAAAACAUUGUGCCAAAGUUAGAGAAAGAUUUGAGAGAUUUAGAAAUCAAAAAUGGCACCCUCAAUUCCGAGUUGCAUACAACACGAAAAGAAUUACAAAUUAAAGACGCCGCGGUUUUGAAAUAUCAACGAGAAGUUCACAAGUUAAAGAGCGUUCUGCAGCAAACGACAUCAAAGCUCAAUAAAGAAGCCGAUAUACUUUCGACUCUCCAUCAAGUCUCCUCGUCGUUAUCACCUCAUGGAACAUCUUCAGCGAAGAAACAAGGUGUAUCCGCCGAGUCCAGCGAGUCAUCAGGAGCUCCCGGCGAUAUUACCAUACCAAAAUUUGAAAAAGAUUUCAGAUCGAAGCAGCUUAUUAAGGACGCCAUCCUAGACAAUGACUUCCUCAAAAAUUUAGACUCGUGCCAAAUUCGCGAAAUCGUCGACUCCAUGUACCCGCGCGGGUACCAGAAAGGAACGUAUGUUAUCCGCGAAGGAGAUAAUGGCGCACAUCUGUUUGUCUCCGCAGAGGGUGAAUAUGAGGUCAUCAAAGAUGGUAACGUCUUGGGGCGCAUGGGUACCGGGAAAGCAUUCGGGGAACUUGCCAUACUCUACAACUGCACAAGAACAGCCUCUAUUAGAGUUGUAAGUGAUUCGAAUGUUUGGGUACUUGACCGUAAAGUCUUCCAACAAAUCAUGGUACGAACAGGAUUGCAGAGAUUAGAAGAUAACAUCAACUUUUUGCGAUCGGUUCCUCUACUGCAAAAUCUAAACAAUGAUGUUUUAGCAAAAAUUGCUGAUGUGCUUGAAGUUGAGUUUUAUCCAAGUGGUGCAUAUAUAAUUCGUCAAGGUGCAACUGGUGACACAUUCUUCAUUAUGAGCAGCGGCCGGGUAAAAAUCACUCAACGUAAACCAGGCACUUUAGAAGAUGAACAAAUACGUACCUUACAACGUGGUGAUUAUUUCGGAGAGCAAGCUUUGUUGAAAGAAGACUACCGCACUGCUUCCGUGAUAGCUCUUCAUCCAGGUGUAGAAUGUUUAACCCUAGACCGCGAUUCUUUCAUUCAACUCAUCGGGGACCUAAGCGAAAUCAAAGAAAAAGAUUACGGUGACACACAUCGUAAACUAGCGCGUCCAAUUAGCAGUUCCAAUAUGCAGGAACUAGCUGAAUAUGAUUAUAUUCAAUUGGACGAUUUAGAUGUGGUUGCUACUUUGGGUAUAGGUGGUUUCGGACGUGUGGAACUCGUGCAGUACUCCAGGGACCAAUCCCUAACAUUCGCUCUCAAGUGUCUUAAGAAGCAGCAUAUCGUAGACACACACCAACAGGAACAUAUCUUCAGUGAAAAGAGUGUCAUGAUGGGAUGUCGUAGUAAAUUCAUCUGCAGAAUGUAUAAAACGUUUAAAGAUGCGAAAUAUGUUUACAUGCUACUGGAAGCGUGUCUUGGUGGUGAGGUAUGGACGAUUCUAAGAGAUCGGAGUUGUUUUGAUGAAUACACCACCCGGUUUAUUACUGCUUGUGUUGUGGAAGCAUUUGAUUACCUACAUGCGAGAGGUAUAAUCUAUAGAGACCUAAAACCAGAGAAUUUACUGCUGGACGGUAAAGGUUAUGUUAAAUUAGUCGAUUUUGGUUUUUCAAAACGCUUAGGAUACAGUAGUAAAACAUGGACGUUUUGUGGUACACCAGAGUAUGUUUCGCCCGAGACUAUUCUCAAUAAAGGACAUGAUCGUGCUGUUGAUUACUGGGCAUUGGGUAUAUUGAUGCAUGAAUUACUCACUGGAAAUCCGCCAUUUGCUGCAAAUGACCCGAUGCGUACAUACAAUCUCAUAUUGAAAGGUAUAGAUAUGAUUGACUUUGCGAAACACAAUAUAAGCAGGACAGCGCAGAGUUUGAUCAAGAAAUUGUGUAGAGAUCUACCGUCUGAAAGACUCGGAUAUCAACGAGGUGGUAUUCAAGAUAUUAAAAAACAUAAAUGGUUUCAAGGAUUUGAUUGGGAUGGUCUUAUUAGUGGUAAUUUACAAGCUCCGAUUGUACAAUCAAUAAGAGGACCUUCGGAUUUUACUAAUUUUGACACGUUUAGCAAAGAUAAUAACAUACCUGCUGAUGAGACCUCUGGCUGGGAGAAAGAUUUUUAAACCAACAAUAACCUAGGACCAAAUACCAAAUAUACAAUUGUGACAAUAAAUAAAAACCUUUCAUACCGUG